CUGUGUCAGGUGUGUGUGAGUGACACCACACCCACCGUCUCUAGGAGGUUAAGCCCCAUAAUGAUGCCUCCCCGCAAACAAAGCGGGCUACUGAGCCGGGCUGUCAUGCUGCGAGUCUGUGUACUGUAGAUAAACCGGGUAAUUGGGUUCUCCGCCUCCUCAUCCAAAACAAAUCCUCACAAAGGCCCGCCUGCGCCCUGGAGGGAGUCUGAUUCCCUGGCGUCUGGGGAUCGGGUGUGCCCCCACCCCGAUUUCGCCCGAUCUGAGGCCAAGGGCGGAGCGUGGACGCCACCCCUAACGCUGAGGCUUGAGAAGCUGGGAAGUCCCGGCCAGCGUCAGCGUCGGGCUGGAACCAGCGCGAUGGAGACUGCAAGAGGGGCCGAAUAGCCCGCCCCGCCCUGCCAUGGAGGUACCCAACGUCAAGGACUUCCAGUGGAAGCGUCUGGCCCCACUGCCCAGCCGCAGGGUCUACUGCUCCCUUCUGGAGACUGGGGGGCAGGUGUAUGCCAUCGGGGGAUGUGACGACAAUGGUGUCCCCAUGGACUGCUUCGAGGUCUACUCCCCGGAGGCCGACCAAUGGACCGCCCUGCCCCCGCUGCCCACAGCCCGGGCUGGGAUGGCAGUCACUGCCCUGGGGAAGCGGAUCAUGGUGAUUGGGGGAGUGGGUACCAGCCAGCUGCCCCUGAAGGUCGUGGAGAUGUACAGCAUCGAUGAGGGCAAGUGGAAGAAGCGCAGUGUGCUGCGGGAAGCUGCCAUGGGCAUCUCGGUCACGGCCAAAGAUUACCGAGUGUAUGCAGCAGGCGGGAUGGGCCUGGACCUCCGUCCACACAACCACCUCCAACAUUACGACAUGCUCAAGGACAUGUGGGUGUCGCUAGCUCCCAUGCCCACCCCACGCUAUGCUGCCACCUCCUUCCUCCGAGGCUCCAAGAUCUAUGUACUGGGGGGACGGCAGUGCAAGUACGCGGUCAAUGCCUUCGAGGUCUUUGACAUUGAGACCCGCUCCUGGACCAAGUUCCCCAACAUCCCCUGUAAGCGAGCCUUCUCCAGCUUCGUGAACUUAGACAACCGCCUGUACAGCCUGGGAGGCCUCCGGCAGGGGCGUCUCUACCGGCAGCCCAAGUUCCUUCGCACCAUGGACAUGUUCGACAUGGAGCAGGGGGGAUGGCUGAAGAUGGAACGCUCUUUCUUCCUCAAGAAGCGGCGGGCAGACUUCGUGGCUGGCUCUCUGAGUGGACGGGUCGUGGUAGCCGGCGGACUGGGGAAUCAACCCACCGUCCUGGAGACAGCGGAAGCCUUCCACCCAGGCAAGAACAAAUGGGAGGCCCUGCCCGCCAUGCCCACACCGCGCUGUGCCUGCUCCAGCAUUGUCUUCAAGAACUGCCUGCUGGCCGUGGGAGGUGUCAGCCAGGGUCUCAGUGAUGCUGUGGAAGCCCUGUGCGUUUCUGAUUCCUAGCGGGUCAUGGCUCUUUGCUCUCCACGUGAGCAGGCUCUGUCAAGGUUAAGGCAGGGAUGGUCCACUUGCAAGGUCAGUUCCUGGGGCUCUGGCUGAUCCUCAGCCCAUGCAAACCCUCCCAGCCCCAGAACGCUGGCCACAGUGCACACUUGUUCUACCAAGCCCAGGCUAGAGCUGGGCUGCUGUCCAGGCAGAAUCUUUGUUUCCUGUUCCUGCCUGUAAAGGCAGCUCUGGCCCCAGCGGCUGAGCUGCUAUUGCUGCCCACUCUGUCCCCUGGCAUUGCACCACUUGAAAAUGUAUUGGACGAACAACAGGGAAAGAUGGCAGGGAUGGCCAGGUCCUUUGUCCUGCCUUGGUCAGUAUCCCCUCCCUGGGUGGUCGCAGUCAACCCCCUUCCCCUCUCCCUAUCACCUCGUCUGCUUGGCUGGAAUUGGACUUGAAACCAGGGGCAGCUGCACUGGGAGAGAUGCUUCGGCCUCAGGGGCUUCCCCUGGGGGUCCCUGCCAGGUGCAUGAAAAUGGGGGAAGAAGCACCUUGCUCGUGUUUGCACC